GUUUGGUAACCAGGAGACGGCGGAGGGAGGCCGCCGCCUGGGAUCGGGACCGCGCCUGGGCCCCUCGCUGGGAUGGCGGAGCAGGAUUCAGCUACUCUGGCUGUAAUAAACUAUUACUGCCAAAAGAAAUAUUUUAAUCACAUCCAGAUCGCAGCAGACGAGGGACUCAAAAAAUAUGGCAAUGAUGCGGUGUUCUUGUUUUUUCAUGCUUAUGGUGUUCUUAUGGAAGACCGAAUUCAAGAAGCUAUCCGUGAGCUCGAGACUGUUAAAGAAAAGCCGGAUGUGUCUCUGUGCUCUAUAAUGGCUCUAAUCUAUGCUCAUAAGAAAAGUUUAGCUCCAGAUCGUGAUGCCAUUCAUGAGCUUGAUAGCAAACUAAAAGAAGACCGGAAAACUGCAGGACAGGCGGCAUUGUAUUUUGCGGGCCUCUUCCUUUGGCAUAUUGGGCGUCAUGAUAAAGCUCGUGAAUACGUUGAUAGAAUGAUUAAGCUUUCUAAUGGAGCAAAAAAGGUUAGUAUACUUUCUAUAUAUAAUGUGGUCGAAUGCAGGAUUAACCAAGCAGUAAUAAGUAUAAAAAUUUCCAAAUGGUGUGGACGGAACCAGAUUGUCCUUCAGCAAACCUAUACCUUGGUUGAAAGAGCAUUCAGCAUAUCGUCACGUAAUGCAGAGAUUGCAAAUGAACUUGGCUAUCAGAUGGUGUUACAAGGAAAAGUAAAAGAAGCUGUGAGAUGGUACAAAACUGCGAUGUCACUGGAUGAAUCAAGUGUUCCUGCGUUAACUGGUAUUAUAAGAUGCCAACUAACUGAGGGACAACUAGAAGAUGCAGAACAACAGUUGGAGUUUCUUAAUGAAAUUCAACAAUCUAUUGGAAAAUCUGCGGAACUGUCAUUCCUGCGUGCAGUUUUGGCUGUGAAGAAACAUAAGGGGCAGGAUGAAGUAAUUCAUUUCCUAAAUGAUGCUAUUGACAUUCAUUUCUCCACAUUGCAAGGCCUGCCUCUGGGAGUUCAGUACUACGAAAAGUUAAAUCCUGACUUUCUAUUAGAAAUUAUGCGUGAAUAUCUUGUCUUCUGUCCCACACAGCCUGGAGCUCCUAGUCAGCCACUAUCUCCAUUACUGAAACAUUGUGCUUCAGUGCUGGAGACUGUUGUGAAAACAGUACCAGGACUAUUAGAAGCUGCCUUUCUAAUGGCCAAAGUUAAAUACUUAGCAGGUGAUGUUGACGCUGCCCAAUGCAAUCUGCAGCAUUGCUUAGAACAGAAUCCUUCAUAUGCUGAUGCACAUCUCCUGAUGGCUCAAGUUUACCUGUCUCAAGAAAAUUUUAAACUCUGCUCACAUUCUCUGGAACUAUGUUUGAGUUAUAAUUUUGAGAUUCGUGAGCAUCCCCUGUAUCACUUGAUUAGAGCUCAAACUCAGAAGAAAAUGGGUGAUAUUCAGGAAGCCAUUAAAACCUUGAAGAUUGCUGCAGGUUUGCCUGCAAUGAGGAAAACAGGAAGUACAUCCAAAUCAAAGGGCAAAAAAAUUGAAUUUAGUGCAACUGAUCGUGUUUCUGUUUUUCUGGAGCUAGCGGAGGCUCACCGCAUGAAUGGAGAACAGCAUGAAGCUGCCAAAGUGAUGCAAGAUGCCAUCAAUGAAUUUUCGGGCACCUCUGAAGAGUUACGUGUUACAAUUGCUAAUGCAGACCUUGCUGUUGUACGUGGGGAUAUAGAGCUGGCUCUUGGUAUGUUGCGGAAUGUUACACCUGAGCAACCUUAUUUUAUUCAAGCAAAAGAAAAGAUGGCUGCCAUAUACUUAAACCAGAGGAAAGAUAAACAGUUAUAUGCAAGCUGCUACAGAGACUUGGUUGACAAACUUCCUGGACCCCACACCUAUCUUUUGUUAGGUGAUGCCUACAUGAAUAUUCAAGAGCCUGAAAAAGCCAUUGAUAUAUAUGAACAAGCUCUAAAGAAAAAUCCAAGGGAUGGAACUUUGGCUAGCAAGAUUGGAACAGCACUUGUUAAAACACAUAAUUACAAUAAGGCAAUUAAUUAUUAUGAAGCAGCUUUGAAGACUGGCCAACAGAAUUUCCUUCGUUAUGACUUAGCUGAACUCUUGCUUAAGCUUCGACAGUAUGAGAAGGCAGAAAAGAUCCUACUGCAGUCAUUAGAACAUGAUUAUGUAAGUGAUCUUCAAGCUUUGAUGGAAGAUGCACGAUAUUUAAUGCUUCUGGCAAAAAUAUAUAGUAAGAAAGAGAAGAUAGAUGAUGCCAUCCUUGCAUUGCAGAGGGCAAGGGAGGUCCAGGCUCAGGUGUUAAAACGAGUUCAAUUAGAACAGGCUGAUGCAGUUCCACACCAGAAACAACUUGCAGCAGAGAUCUGUGCUGAAAUAGCAAAGCAUGCUGCAGACCAGCGAGACUAUGAAAAGGCAAUUAAGUUCUACAAAGAGGCACUUGUCUAUUUUGAGAAUGACCAUAAGGUAAUGCUAGAACUUGCGCAGCUUUACCUUGCUCAAGAUGAUAUUGAUGCCUGUCAGCAUCAGUGUGUAGUUCUUCUGAAAAGUGACCAAGAUAAUGAUGAAGCUACCAUGAUGAUGGCAGAUCUGAUGUUCAGAAAGCAGGAUUAUGACCAAGCUGUGUUUCACUUCCAACAACUUUUGGAACGCAAACCAGAUAAUUUUAUGACAUUAGCACGUUUGAUCGAUUUGUUGAGGAGAGCUGGAAAACUGGAAGAAGUUCCCAGAUUCCUUGAUAUGGCUGAAAAGCAUACUUCAAGACCAACUUCUGAGCCUGGCUUUAAUUAUUGCAAAGGAUUGCACCUCUGGUACACUGGAGAACCAAAUGAUGCACUCCGACACUUCAACAAGGCACGCAAGGACAGUGACUGGGGACAAAAUGCAAUUUAUAACAUGAUAGAGAUCUGCAUGAAUCCAGACAAUGAUACUAUUGGAGGUGAAGUCUUUGAGAACCUGGAUGGAGAUAUGCGAAACUCAACUGAAAAGCAGGAGUCAGAACAGUUGGCUGUGAUGACAGCAGAAAAACUACUGAAGGAACUCAAACCUCAGACUAUUCAAGGCCAUGUCCAGUUGCGCAUAAUGGAAAGCUGCUGCCUCAUGGCAACAAAGCAUAAAGCAAAUGUGGAACGAGCUCUCAAUGUCUUCACUGAAAUAGCAACGGCUGAGAAGGACCACAUUCCUGCGCUCUUUGGAAUGGCCACAGCAUAUAUGAUUUUAAAGCAGACACCUCGUGCAAGGAAUCAGCUAAAACGUAUUGCAAAAUUAAACUGGAAUGCCACUGAUGCUGAGGAAUUUGAAAAGAGUUGGUUGCUUCUAGCUGAUGUUUACAUUCAGUCUGGAAAAUUUGAUAUGGCAGUUGAACUUCUUAAACGCUGUCUACGGCACAAUAAGUCCUGUUGCAAGGCUUAUGAAUACAUGGGAUACAUUAUGGAAAAAGAACAAUCUUAUAAGGAUGCAGCUACUAAUUAUGAGAUGGCUUGGAAGUAUUGUAACCAGACAAAUCCAACAAUAGGGUACAAGUUGGCUUUUAACUAUUUGAAGGCAAAACGAUAUGUUGAUGCUAUUGACAUUUGUCAUAAGGUAUUAGCCGCCCAUCCCAAUUACCCAAAAAUGAGGAAAGAUAUUCUUGACAAAGCUCGAGCAGCUCUCCGUUCUUAAUUGGGUCAUAUGAUGCUAGCUUUGCUUUCAGAUAUUUCUGAAGUAUAUGUAUAUUGUUUGACAUGCCAAUCUUGCAUUAUGUACAAUUGCUUCUAAUGUAUAAUUAUCUAGAUGUAUUACUUUUGUAUGCUUUAUGACCCAUGGUAGUUUAUAUACAAAGUUCCAUAAUAGUGUUUCAUUGUUUUUACAACAAUGUUAUUUUCUUUUUAAAUUACGAGUAUCUGUGAAAAUAAAUUUGCAUAUGUAUAAUUCUCUAAUUUUCUACAACACGUCAAUGAUGUAAAGCACAAUCGUUCAGUUUAGAUGAUUCCCUAAAGGAGUUGAUCCUGCAAGCGUCAGAAUUUUCAAACCACUUGAUAGAUAUUUUAAGUACAAAUUAAUUUGAGAUGUCUUUGAUGUCAGUGUUUAUUGUCUUGAGCUUUUGGAAAGAGUCUGUCUAUUCUGAUUGACUUAAACUAAAAAGUGAUCUGUAUGUAGUAAAUCACAGUAUCUAUAAAGACAUUUUAAAGAAACAAAUAAAACUAGAUUAGAUGUUGUAUAUUUCUAUGAACCUGCAAAACAUGCCAAUGUAUUUUUCCAAUGCAUGCAACUUAAAAUUAGUUGCUGUGCAUAGUUUAGAUCGUCACGUGUUCCACUUCAAAACUAGUAAGUUCUUAUUAAGCUUUCACUUUUCUGUCUUAAUUUGUUUGCAUUCUGCUUUUUGGUACCUUUUGUAUUUCUGAAUUAAUUUACAAAUAUUGCUAUUGAGUGGAGUAAAGGGACGUUCUGUAAUUAGUGCUUUCUACUUAUGGUUGUAUUGUUAAAAACAAGAAUUUUUUGCAAUCUGAUUAUUUCAAAGUAAAAAUCAAUAAAUAGGCAAUGUUGAUUUUUUUAAUAUUGAA